AUGACAAGCAGAUAUCAAUUGGUUUCCGUCACCAAUUUUUAUGAACCGCGACCUAAACUCAUGGCCGAAACUGGCUUGGAUACAGAACCGCAUAGCUGGACAGUUAUUCCACCUCAAUACACACUUAGCAGACACGUUGAAGUGCUCAUUGCGACAGGUUCGACAAUUCUUGUUGUUGAUAGUAAAGAAACGGUGGACCAGCGACUUCAACAAGGUCCAUUUACGAAAAUGGCAGUAUCCCCUAAUGGCAAAUUCCUGGCCCUAUUUACCGGUGACGGAAAACUGUGGGUUGUGUCCACCGAUUUUCAAAAGAACUUGUCAGAAUAUGCGACGAAAUCCAAAAUCCCACCACAGCAGCUUGUAUGGUGUGGCACGGAUUCGGUUGUGUUGUAUUGGGAUAAGAUUGUUUUGAUGGUGGGCCCAUUUGGUGAUUGGAUCAAGUUUUCUUAUGAAGAUCCUAUUUUUAUGAUAUCCGAAAUCGAUGGUGUGCGUAUCAUGAGCAACGACAAAUGUGAACUACUCCAAAAAGUACCAGCUGCUACCGAGGAAAUUUUCAAAAUUGGAUCAACUUCACCAGCAGCCAUGCUCUUUGAUGCUUUAGAUCAUUUUGAGCGAAAAAGUCCCAAAGCAGAUGAAAAUAUACGAAGCAUAAAGACAGAGCUUGUGGAUGCAGUGGAUUGUUGUAUAGAAGCAGCUGGCUUUGAGUUUCAACACUAUUAUCAACGCGCACUUUUAAAGGCAGCGUCGUUUGGUAAAUGUUUUCUGGAUAACUAUAACGCCGAUCGGUUUGUGGAGAUGGCCCAAUCCUUGCGCGUUUUGAACGCCAUUCGAUAUUAUGAUAUCGGUAUACCGCUCACAUAUGCACAAUAUAAGCGCUUAUCACCAGAUUCAGUGGUGGAUCGCCUUGUUUGUCGUAACCAUCAUCUGCUUGCAGUGCGUAUUGCUGAAUAUCUCAAAGUACGAUCCGACAAGAUCUUGAUCCACUGGGCAUGUGCUAAGAUCAAAUCGUCCUCUGAAGACGAAGAUACCAUUUGUCGUAUGAUUGUUGAAAAACUUAUCAAGAAACCUGGAUUGUCUUAUGCAGAAAUUGCCAAAACAGCAUACAACUCGGGUCAAACUCGACUUGCAACAAAGCUAUUGGAUUAUGAACCUCGAGCAGCGGAUCAAGUGCCUUUGCUCAUGUCAAUGGAAGAAGAUGAGAUGGCUCUUUUCAAGGCUAUUGAAAGCGGCGAUACAGAUCUAGUAUAUCUGGUCAUAUUUACUUUAAAACGAAAACUUCCCUUGGGCGAGUUCUUCCGAAUGAUCAACAACAAGCCUUUGGCAUGUAGUUUACUGGAAGUGUAUUGUAAGCAACAAGACAAGGAACUACUAAAGGAUUUCUAUUAUCAAGACGAUCGUCGAGUAGAAAGUGCAAAUGUUAUCUUAUUGGAAGGAUUCGAGCAGGAUGAUAUCGCGGAACGGAUAAGUAAUCUCAAGAUUGCCAGCAAGACAUAUCAGGAUGAUAAGGAUCGCGCAUUUGAAGCCAAGGCUACGGAUGAAGGAAUCAAGUUGUUACAAAUGCAGCAACAACUUGAGAAAGAUACACACCAACCAUUCACCGGCUUAUCUGUCAGUGAAACGAUCUAUAAAUGCACAGUGCUCGGCCAGCAGAACAAGGCAUCAAAAGUCAAGAGCGAAUUUAAAGUACCUGACAAACGCAUGUGGUGGAUCAAGCUACGAGCACUGGUCGAAGUUCGUGAUUGGGAAAAUUUGGAAAAGUUUGCAAAGAGCAAAAAAUCACCUAUCGGCUAUGAGAUUGGGGCGUUCAAGGAGGCAGGAGAGCAGGCAUUCCUUAACAAGGAUAUGGAAGGAUUAAAACAAGUACGGGCUAAAUGCAGCAAUCAUAUUGUUGCUCAAGAAAUCGAUUCCUUGUUGGCACAACUUAGUGCCAAAUAA